UUUACACUUCGAGUGCAGCGAUGGGCUCGGUGGGCGCCGAGCGCCGCAGGCCCACGCCAUCCCAGACGCCCGAGGAGAGGGACGUGUGGAGGGAUGGAGGGAGGGCCGGAUGGAGGGAUGCGGGAAGGGAGGGCUGGAGGGAGGCGAGGGAGAGCGGCGUGGUGCAGAGCUACAGCUUCGACUCGUACCAGCUGGAGGAGGAGGAGAUCAGUAAGGACGCCCCGGAGCGAGGAGUGCUGGCUCUGUCCGAACCUGACUUUGAGGAGCCAAUCCCCGACGAUCGUUACCAUGGCAUCUACUUUGCAAUGCUGUUGGCCGGAGUGGGCUUCCUGCUCCCCUACAACAGUUUCAUUACUGAUGUGGAUUACCUGCACCAGAAGUUCAAAGGGACGUCCAUAGUAUUUGACAUGAGUCUGACGUACAUCCUGGUGGCCCUGCUGGCCGUCAUCCUCAACAACGUGUUGGUGGAGAGACUCAGCAUGCACACCAGGAUCACCGUGGGUUACAUUCUAGCUCUGGGGCCGCUGAUCUUUGUCAGCGUGUUUGAUGUCUGGCUGGAGAAGUUCACCACCAGGCAGGCCUACGUCAUCAACCUGGUGUCCGUGGGGGUGGUGGCCUUCGGAUGCACAGUGCAGCAGUCCAGUUUCUAUGGUUACAUGGGGAUGCUGCCCAAGAGGUACACACAGGGGGUGAUGACUGGAGAGAGUACGGCCGGCGUGAUCAUCUCCCUGUCCCGCAUCUUCACCAAGCUGCUCAUCACGGACGACAAAAAGAACACGCUCAUCUUCUUCCUGGUCUCCAUCAGCAUGGAGAUGCUCUGCUUCCUGCUCCACCUGCUGGUCCGGCGCUCCCGCUUCGUGCGCUACUACACCAGCCACUCCCAGGGCAAAGGGCCGGGGAAGUGCCACGACCCGCGGGACAACGGCACCGGAUACCGGGUCCAUCACGACGUCACCGCUGAGGAAGUAAGAUUUGGGAACGGUGCCACAGGGCCGCCCUCGGCAGAAGAAGGCGUUGAGGACUUUGUGGGCGGGACCUACGUCAGAUUUGACGCCCCGAAAGCCAACAUCAGGAGGAGCUGGCCUGGUGUCCGCGACAUGAUCUUUCACCGGUAUGUGGUGUCCCGCGUGAUCUGGGCCUACAUGCUGUCCAUCGCUGUGACCUACAGCAUCACUCUGUGCCUGUUCCCCGGCCUGGAGUCGGAGAUCCGGAACCAGACCCUGGGGGAGUGGCUGCCCAUCCUCAUCAUGGCCACCUUCAACAUGUCAGACUUUGUGGGCAAGAUCUUGGCAGCGCUGCCGUACGACUGGUCCGGCGGCCGCCUGCUCUUCUUCUCCUGCCUGAGGGUGGUCUUCAUCCCGCUCUUCGUCAUGUGCGUGUACCCGGCCAGCUCGCCCACUCUCUCCCACCCCGCCUGGCCGUGCCUCUUCUCCCUCCUCAUGGGAGUCACCAACGGAUACUUUGGGUCGGUGCCGAUGAUCCAGGCUGCUGGGAAAGUGCCGCCCGAGCAGAGGGAGCUGGCAGGAAACACGAUGACGGUCUCCUACAUGACGGGCCUGAUGGUGGGCUCCGCCGUGGCCUACGCAGCCUACAGCUUCACCGCCCCGGCGACGGGAGCGCGCUACUCCCCGUUCAACACGCGCACACCUGCCAACGCCACGGGGUACUGAAAGUCCACAUGAAUCACAAAGACACACACACACACAUACACACACACACAGACACACACACACACACACACACACAAAUCCAAGAAAAAAAAAGUGAAGAAAUUAACCCAAAAACAUGAAGCAGAGACAAGAGCUGACAUUUACAGUUGGGUGGGAAAAAAAAAAAACCUAAAAAAAAAAAAAGGUGCAGAUUUUGCCGCUCUGUCACUCUCCAGCCGGGCGAUUCGGUGACCUUCAAGCGUCUGUUGUGGCGAACUUUCCCCGGAGGUGCAGGACGGGAGCCGUGCGUCUGCCAGCAGGCCGACUCGAACCCUCUGAGCGUCA